AUGGGCGAUUCGGUUUUAAAGAGCAAGAAGGAGCGGAAGGAGAAGAAGGACAAAAAGGAGAAGAAGGAAAAGAAAGAAAAGAAGGACAAGUCGGAAAAGAAGAGAAAGCUUGAAGAAACUGAAAACGACGAGACCAAACGUCGCAAGGUCGAGGAAAAGGCACCUGAAUCGGCUGUUGAUCAAGUGGCUGAUUAUCACUACAAGGAACAUGACGAUCUGGUCGCUCUGCCGCAAUCCGAGAUCGAUACUUAUCUCAAGGAUAACAGCGUCAAGAUUGACAGCGAUCUGAAGCUUCGUCCCAUUACCAAGUUUGCCUACGCCCGUUUGCCUACGCUGCUCGGCGAUCUCUUUAAAAAGUUCGAAAGUCCUACACCUGUACAAGCCGUGACCUGGCCGUUUGCUUUAUCGAGCCGUGAUGUUGUCGGUAUUGCCGAGACUGGUUCUGGCAAGACCUAUGGUUUCUUGAUCCCUGGCCUGAUCCACCUUGCACACCAAAAGAUCAACAGCAAAGAACAUGGCCGUAAGCCCAAGAUGGUCGUUAUCUCUCCCACGCGUGAAUUGACUGUCCAGAUCCAGGAACAGGCCCAAGAGGCUGCCAACAAAAUGGGCUUGCACAGCAUUGUCGUGUAUGGUGGCGUGCCCAAACAACCCCAAGUCAACUUGUUGCGUCGUGGUACAGACAUUGUGAUCGCCACGCCAGGCCGUUUGAUGGAUUUGAUGAACGAUGGCGAGUGUGAUCUUUCAGAGAUCUCAUUCUUGGUUUUGGACGAGGCCGAUCGCAUGCUUGACGAAGGUUUUGAGCGUGAUAUCCGACAAAUCAUUGGUAGCACACCUAAGGAACGCCAGACACUCAUGUACUCUGCUACCUGGCCCCAACAGAUCCGCAAGCUGGCUGAGGAUUAUCUCAACAACCCUACCCGUGUCACGAUCGGUUCAGAUGAACUGUCCGCCUCGCAGCGUGUCAAGCAGAUCGUCCAGGUCGUUCCCAAUUCCCGCGACAAGCAGGACAAGUUGAUCAAUCUGUUGAGAAAGAUCCACAAGAAUGGCAACCGUAUUCUCGUCUUUGGCCUGUACAAAAAGGAAUGUGAUCGUGUUGAAGGUGUGUUGGGCCGCAGUGGGUUCAAUGUCGCUGGUAUUCAUGGCAGCAAGACCCAGGUUGCUCGUAGUGAAGCAUUGGAAGGAUUCAAAAAGGGUAAUACACCUAUCUUGAUCGCCACUGAUGUCGCCGCUCGUGGUUUGGAUAUUCCCAAUGUCGAGUUUGUCGUCAACUUGACCUUCCCCUUGACCAUCGAACAAUACAUUCAUCGCAUCGGUCGUACCGGCCGUGGUGGCAAGUCUGGAACCGCCUAUACAUUCUUUUCGGAUGAGGACAAGGCUCACUCGGGUGAACUCAUCAAUGUCCUGAAGCAGGCCAACAUGGAGGUUCCUCAGGAGCUGUACAAAUAUGGUACGACUGUCAAGAAGAAAACACAUAGCGCCUAUGGUGCAUUUUUCAAGGAUACCGGCAGUGCCCCCAAGGCAACAAAAAUUAAAUUUGAUUAA